AUGGAGAUUUUUGUUGAAGCUAUAAACCAUUGUGGUCUUAGAGAAGUGGAUUAUGUAGGUCCUAGGUUUACCUGGAUAUACCAACUUACAGAUGGAGAACAAAUAAGGGAGAGGUUGGAUAGGGCCUUGGCAACCCAAGAAUGGAUGGAUCUUUUUCCUACAGCAAAGCUCCACCACCUCUCUUCUUCUGCAUCAGACCACUCUCUCCUCUGCCUCCAUUUAGUGCGCCGGCAAAGAAGAAGAAAAGCAAGGAAGCUGUUCAGAUUUGAAUCCAUGUGGCUUAAAGAUAGAAGGUGUGAAGAAGUAGUCAAAGCAGCAUGGGUGGAGAAGGAAAUGGUAGCCACGGAUAGGGUGCUAGAAAGAUGUUUGGAAAGGUGCAGGGUUGAUUUGUCUGCAUGGAAUAAAUCAGAAUUUGGGCACGUGGGUAGGAAGAUAUCAAAUUUACAAAGAAGGUUAGAAGGCCUAGAAUUGCUACCAGCUUCUACAGAGCAAAUCCGUGAGUUAAAGAGUACCAGAAUUGAAUUAAAUUGCUGGUUGGAAAAAGAAGAUGCGAUGUGGAGGCAAAGGUCAAGACUUGACUAG